AUGUCUUGCUCUAUUGAAGACAUUCUUAAGCACCAUGUAUACGAUCCUUCAAGGAUCCAACGGGUCUCGUUCCGUAGUAACAAGCCCCCUCUCUCGAUCGAGCCUCCCAACCCGGAGUGGCCGCAGCAGUUUCAGCAGAUCAAGUCAAUUAUUGAGUCUGCCAUUGGUCCUGUUGCCGUGAGCAUAAGCCAUGUCGGCUCGACCUCGGUGCCCAACCUUCCUGCCAAGGCUGUUAUCGACAUUGAUCUUGCCAUUGAGGACCCUACAGACGAGGACGCUUACGUACCAGGUCUUGAGAAAGCUGGGUUUCAGUUUCUCAUGCGAGACCCGCAGUGGUAUGAACAUCGCUUCUUCGACAGGUUCGAGCCGUACGCCUGCAACCUACAUGUAUUCAAGGCCGGGACGGCUGAGUUAGAGAGACACUUGAUCAUGAAAGAAUGGUUAACUGAGCAUGAAGAGGAUAGAAUGCUAUAUGCAAAGACCAAAAUCGGGGCUGCUGAAGUAAGCAACACGCUAGGGGAGGUCAUGAUGGAUUACAACGCAAGGAAAGAAACUGUCAUUCGAGAGAUUCUUGAAAGAGCGUUCAAAGCAAAGGGGUAUCUUCAAUAG